UGUAACUUUCCACAAAGCACAGGGGAUGCCUCAAGCUCCGUUUCCACUGCUUCCAAUAGGUCACGGAAUAGGACUCGCUAUCGGACCAAAGCCAUGAACUCUGAGGUAGAUGAGAGCCUUUUUGGAGGUGUCAAGCCUACGCCCCAGGGCAGGAGUGACAGCCCUAUCGUGCUUCUCCGAGAUAAACAUGCUGUCCGGAAAACUCUCACUGAUCUGGGCUUGGACCACAAGCCAGAGAAAAUCCAGCUCAUCACCCGAGACAUGGUCCGAGAACUCAUUGUUCCCACAGAGGACCCCUCUGGGGAAUCCCUGAUCAUCAGCCCUGAAGAGUUUGAGCGAAUCAAAUGGGCAUCCCAUGUCCUCACCAAAGAAGAGUUGGUGGCCAGAGAGCAGGCCUUCAAGAAGGAGAAGGAAGCCAUCUUGGAAGCAGUGACAAUCCGCAAGAAGAUCAUGAAGCAGAAGGAAAUGGCCUGGAGCAACAACAAGAAGCUGAGUGACCUGGAGGAGGAGGCGAAAGAGAGGGCCCAGAAUCUUCUGGAGAGAGCCAACAAGCUGCGCAUGGAGCAGGAAGAGGAGCUCAAGGACAUGAGCAAGAUUAUCCUGAAUGCCAAGUGCCAUGCAAUCCGCGAUGCCCAAAUCCUGGAGAAGCAGCAGAUACGAAAGGAACUGGAGGCAGAGGAGAAGCGUUUGGAUGAGAUGAUGGAAGUAGACCGGUUGAAAUCCCUUGAAAGGCACCAUGAUCGGGAAAGGAAGAGGAAGGAGGAAAUGGCGAGGGGAAAGCGGCACAUCUUGAAUCAGAUAAAAAAGAACGAAGAGGAGCGAUCGCUGAUUUCCGAGCACCGCGAGCAGGAGAAGGAGCAGAUGCUGGCGUAUAUGGAGCGGCUCCAGGAGGAGGAUUUGCAGGGUCUGGAGCGGCAGCAUCAGGAAAAGCUGAAGAUGCAAGCUGAAAUUAAGCGUAUCAACGAUGAAAACCAGAAACAGAAAGCAGAGCGGAUGGCACAGGAGAAACUGGCAGACCAGAUGGUGAUGGAAUUCACCAAGAAGAAGAUGGCCCGAGAAGCAGAGUUUGAGGCUGAGCAGGAAAAAGUCCGGAGGGAGAAAGAUAAGGAGAUUGCCCGCCUGAGGGCCAUGCAGGAGAAGGCCCAAGAUUACCGGGCAGAGCAGGACGCCUUGCGGGACAAGCGCAACCAGGAGGUUGCAGAUCGUGAAUGGCGCCAGAAAGAAAAGGAAAAGGUACAGAAGAAGAUGGAGAUAGAGGAAAAGCUACGCAAAACCCGGCUGGAGCAGGUGGCUUUCAAGGAACACAUGUUGGCCGUUCAGGUGCAACGGGACCGAGAUGAGUUCGAGAGGAUCCUUCGGGCUCAGAGAGAGCAGAUUGAGAAGGAGAAGUUGGAGCAGGAGAAAAAGGCCGCAGGGUCCCUACAGCAUGCCAACGAGCUCCGGCGGCAGGUGCGUGAGAACCAGCAGAAGCACGUGCAGAACCGGCUCAGUACCUUCGAAGAGGGCCGGCGCCUCAAGGAGGAAGCCCAGAAGCGCCGCGAACGCAUUAAUGACAUCAAGAAGCAAAAGCUGGAAGAGCUGAGAGCAACCGGCCUUCCUGAGAAAUACUGCAUCGAGGCUGAGCGCAAAGCCAACAUCCUGCCGACCACUUCUGUGAAAUGAAGGGGAGAUGUUAUGGGCUUUGGGAGGGCACAGAUUCCGCCCAGACCCUGGGGCAUCCACAGUUGCUGCUAACCUCAUUUCAUAGUAACAGAUUAAAGCUAUUCUAUUUUCUGAGGAACCACUCAGGUUUACUGCGGUGGGGAUGGGCAUUCCAGUAGGCACGGAAGUUGGAUCAAAAUAAACUACAGGGGACCCGAGUGUGUGCUGACCUGCCACUCAGAGUCUGGAACCACAUGGUGCUCUAGUGGGGGGUUCUUCUGGUCCUGUACCCAGUUCAUAGGAAUUUGGGGGCACUGAGGCAGAGUGAAAGAUCGGCUUUUGUUGAGCAUUGGUGAAAGGUUUGCAUGAGGCAGAGCUGGAGAGGGAGGAGCAUGAAUAGCUGAGAUUGGCUUAUCCUGGGCUCCUAAUUGUGACUCAGAUCACAUGCAUGGAGGGGGCGGUGUGUGCGCCCUGGACUCUCUGUUCUGGACUCAGUCCUCUCCUGCUUAGACCCUUUUAACUAAGGCAGUACUGCAGCACAGACAUUUGCCCCAUUCCCAUGGAGGCACACCCAGGACCCAGCUCCUCAUCCAGAUACAGCUGACCCUCACUCUUGGCCCUGUUAUUGUCAGUUCACCUAAUUCCACGAGUGGGCCUCCUGAAAGCCAGUUCAGUUUUUAACUUGUCCUACCUUGCCCCAAUCUACUCCUACGUACCCAUUCAUUCUUCAGGCACUCACUGAGUACUUGUUAUGCCAUCUGCCAUUGAGGUACUCAGCGUUUACAAUAGAUUGGGUCCCCUUUUCUGGAAGCUUCUCAUUGGGCUUCCGAUUUCCUCCUCAGCUCCACUCCCUUUCAUAUAUCUUUAGGAUGGUCUCAGCACUUUUAGAAGGCCCCUGGGUAUCAAGUCUUCCACUUUAAACUGGAGUGCCACCAUCAAUGAUGGAGAUAAUUCUCCAUCCAUCUAAAAUCAUCACUGCAGUGCCUGGCUCCCCCAUCGCCAGGGACUUGCUCCAUCUCCCAGAUUCAGUGUCCAGUCUUGUCUUCCUCCAUGCAUCCUGUACUAAGGAGGAGAGGACAGCUGCCUGGUGCGUCCUGGGUGUUUACAAUGCCAGGUUACAAGGGCCUGGGGCAAGAGUCCUCUUUUCAUAGGGCCCAAGGAGAGUCACAAGCUGCUUCCUGUGUUUCCUCGGAUCCAGUGGCUUCCCAGUCACCUUCUCCACUGUCCUCAACUGGAAGACUAUAGCUUUCACACAAUAGUUGGGAAGCUCCAUUGGAUGGAGAAAAGACUCUUUUACCUUCCUUUUGCAGCAUCCUAACUCAUUGCCCUCGUACCUAAAGAAGUUUAUACAUUCCUCCCUAAAGGUCUUGGAGGAUGAGGUACCCAUCUCAGGCUAGGAGAAAAGCACUGGUAGUGCCAUCAAGGACUCUAGCCUGUCUCUAGCUGGCACACUGGCACCACUGAUUGUCCAGGCGAUACCUGCUGGGACCACAGAACAAACCUCAUCUUUUCCAGAGGACUUUCUUUCUUGAGAAAGCCAGAAACAUCCUUGGUCCCCAGUAUUUGGCUGGUUCCACACCUGCUGUCCUUCCCAGAGCUGAAAAGAACAAGCCAUGUGGACAAAGGUCUGGCUCUGCAGAAAGGACUACAGCCAACUAAGAAUGUGAAGAUGGUUUGGGAGAGAAUCACAAGAGAUUGACUCUCCAGUCCCACUAACUUUUUUAAAUGUCAGAGUUGGCCCAUGAUGUGAAGGAGGGAUUUGAUCUCUUCUCUCAAGAUUCAUGAUAGACCUUUCACCACGUCCGUAACCUCCACAAUCAGUUGGCUCAUCCACUGGAUCCCAGUUCCUAUAAGUGGGAGGGUUCUGAAAGCUGUUGGGGUGUUGGGUGGCUCCAUAGUGUUAUCUUGUAUAAAUUUUCUACCCACUCCGUA